CGCGUGCUUUUGACGUGCCUUCGCCAUUGUGGAUUGACUACCCAGAGCAGACAGGUAUUGGCAAACGGUUGGUGUGGAGUGGCUGGGACAGCAACUAGUCGGGUAAUUUCAUCCCAGUGGAUUACAGCGGCAAAAUGAACUCCAGUAAACCGAAAAACAAAAGCGAGAAUAAAACAGAGAAGCAAUUGGCUGCUGAGAAAGAACAAUUUGAAAAACUACAGGUACAUUUAAACCAAGCUUUUUUGUAAAAAAAAAUUAAAAUACUCUCCCUCAUUUACAGAUUUAUUUUAAAUCAAGGAUUAUUUUGAAUGGUGUUUGUGUCAAUGUUGUAUGGUGGUAAGGGUGUGAACAUGCCUUUAGAUAAUGUAUUUCUGUGACAACAUACAUAAUAUCUCUGUUUUCUUUCAGUAUUAGUGUUAUAAUGAGUAAAGUUUAGUCGGACAAGGAAAUAUACUCUAGAAACAUCUGUAUCAUUACAUUUACAUUUUAGUCAUUUAGCAGACGCUCUUAUCCAGAGCGACUUACAGUCUUCCUAUCAUAAAUAUAAUUUCAACAACAGAUAUAUUUUUUAACAUCGACUCGUUCUAGAAAGAACUGGGGGGAAACGUUGGAGUUAUAACAAUGCAGUGCACUUAAUUUUGACUAGAUGUAUGUUCAAUUAUAAAAAAGAUUCAAUGGUGACAUAAUUUCCUCAUGCCAUACCUCACUUUGAAAACAAUUAUUCUUCGAAUUCCGCCUAUCAAUGUCAUGUGCUGUGUCUUUCAUUGUUCUCGGAGAUGUAGCCAGGUGGUGACUGAUUCUCUCCCUCUCCCACUGUCCUCCCCCCUUUCCUCCCCUCUACUUUCUUCCUCUCAGCUCCAACAGCAUCAGUAAAAGCAUCACCUCCAGUGAGACACCGCUGAAGGAGAAAUAUGCACGCAGUAUCCUUUCCAAACAUGUCUUAGACACUCACUUUAAACACACUCCAAGCAGACCAUCUGGAGAAAUGUGUGUGUUAGGCUACCUCUAAGUAUAUCCACCAUGUAUUGAUAAUAUGCAUCAUUUACCAUUACUCCCAGGGCUAUUCAUAUUCACACCCAUGAUUUGAGAUGUAAACCGUAUAAAUAUUAGUUAGUUUCUUGGUCUUGCAGGGGUGUCUGUCUGUUGGUGUGUUUAUAUACAUAAUUGGUUCAGUCGGUCUGUCCGUUUCCUUGACGACGGUGCUGACAUCAUCAUGGGGACCCAUAAGGAGGGUGGAGCCACAACAUUCUGGUCGUACAUCUGCAACCUGCCGCUCUCCUCCAACGCCAUCAUCAGCUGGAAGUUCUGCUACAUGCUGCACAAAGUUCUCCGGGAUGGACACCAUAACGUUAGUCAUCCCAUUCCUGUCCCUCAUAUAGCAUUUCUUCUUCCUCCUCUUCCUUUAUAAACAUCCUCUUUCUCUUUAUUUUCCCCUUCUAUCUUCCUUCAUGAGAUCUCUCCUCCCGUCUUCUCCUCUUCUAUCUCUUCUUCUUGCCAAACUUCCCUGUACGUCUAGUGUCAUCUUUAAAGUCUCUAUUUGCUGUAAUGUCCUGUGAGUGACUCCUCUCUCCUGUGUGUUCCUCAGGCUGUGAAAGACUCUCAUAGAUACUGCAGGAUGGUCAAAGACAUGGGCGUACUCUGGGUGAGUACUAGGUUGAUGCUACCUUUUUAUGAGUUGAUGACAUUGAAACUUAGGACGUAUUAUGACAGUGGAUUUUGACCAUAUGUAUUUCCAGGGGAACCUGCAUGAUCGGUACGGCCAUAUUGUGGCCCUUUCGGCCAAGUUCCUGUCCCUCAAAAUUGAGUUCCAUGUGAAGGUGAGACCCCAUGCAUUGCAUACAUACACCACCUAGAAUCUACUGUAUCCUUGUGAUACCAUUGCAUUCUCUGUACCGGGGGAGGUGCUAUUAUGUUAAUUAAUAGUAGAUGUAACAUCAAAAGUUGUCAUGGGGUCAACACUUUCUCCUGUAGACAAACCUUUCUGGUAUGUACAUGGAUUCUUUCUUCCCCAGCACAAGGUUAUUCCAGGUAACCUGGAGGCCACAGAUGAGACGGUGGAGAGAGAGGCAGGAACUGACGUCAACAAAAUGUGAGUUUCUGUUCCCUCCGCCAAAACACAGUCAAUAGCACCAUACUGUACCCCAAAACUCCUAUGAUACUAUGGGUACAAAUGACUUUCUCAACACCAAAUCAGGGUUUGUUGAGCUGUUUCUGAGGUGAGCUACAUUUGCAGGUGGUAACAGUGAUCUCUGUUAAGGUGUUCUCUGUAACACUGUAAGGGGUUCUCUUCUCUACAGAUUUGAUAUGACUCAGGAGCUGUUAGAUUACCUGGAUGCUGCUCUGAAAAUGUCAGAGACAGGUGGGUCUUUUAGCUAAGGCUUUCAUUCUCCUUUAUACAUUGAUUCUCAGUUGAAUGAAGCCAUAACCAUCUGUGCCUGUGUCUUCCUAACAGUUUGGCGGCAGCUGGAUGCCAACGCGGGCAAGUCCACCACUCCGGCCGGACAGUGUCGUCUGGGACCUCUUAUUCCUGUUAUACUGGACUGCAGCUGGCUCUACCACUUCUCCGUCAAACUACUGUUCAAACUGCACAGCCGUCAGUCACACACACAUACACAAAACCCCAGUUCUGUAGCCCUCUGGAUUUCUAAAUCUGACCUGUACUCGUCUAUAAACAUGUGUGGUCCUGCUCUGUGUUCCAGGUGUAUCAGCUGACUCUCUUCUAGGACACCGGGAGAGAUUCCGUGAUCUGUUCAACAGGUCGGCCUACACAACUAUCAACUGUUGUGUGUGUGUGUACCGGUAUGCAUGGUGUAUGGUUUGAAUGAUCUCUGCCCUGUUGUCUUCCAGCCUCACUAAGUUCUUUGAUCGAGCCAGAGAGACUGAGUUCUUCAAAAAGGUCAUCCAGAUCCCUGACCUGCCAGAUGUAAGCGAUGUACAGUCAUGGUCAAAAGUUUUGAGAAUGACACAAGUAUUGGUCUCCACAAAGUUUGCUGCUUCAGUGUUCUUAGAUCUUUAUGUCAGUAGUUACUAUGGUACACUGAAGUAUAAUUACAAGUAUUCCAUAAGUGUCAAAGGCUUUCAUUGACAAUGACAUUCAGUUUAUGCAAAGAGUCAAUAUUUGCAGUGUUGACCCUUCUUUUUCAAGACCUCUGCAAUCCGCCCUGGCAUGCUGUCAAUUAACUUCUAGGCCACAUCCUGACUGAUGGCAGCCCAUUCUUGCAUAAUCAAUGCUUGGAGUUUGUCAGAAUUUGUGGGUUUUUGCUUGUCCACCCGCCUCUUGAGGAUUGACCACAAGUUCUCAAUGGGAUUAAGUUCUGGGGAGUUUCCUGGCCAUGGACCCAAAAUGUCGAUGUUUUGUUCCCAGAGCCACUUAGUUAUCACUUUUGCCUUAUGGCAAGGUGCUCCAUCAUGCUGGAAAAGGCAUUGGUCGUCACCAAACAGUUCUUGGAUGGUUGGGAGAAGUUGCUCUCAGAGGAUGUGUUGGUACCAUUCUUUAUUCAUGGCUGUGUUCUUAGGCAAAAUUGUGAGUGAGCUCACACCCUUGGCUGAGAAGCAACCCCACACAUGAAUGGUCUCAGGAUGCUUUACUGUUGGCAUAACACAGGACUGAUGGUAGCGCUCACCUUGUCUUCUCCGGACAAGGUGUUUUCCGGAUGGCCCAAACAAUCGGAAAGGGGAUUCAUCAGAGAAAAUGACUCUACCCCAGUCCUCAGCAGUCCAAUCCCUGUACCUUUUGCAGAAUAUCAGUCUGUCCCUGAUGUUUUUCCUGGAGAGAAGUGGCUUCUUUGCUGCCCUUCUUGACACCAGGCCAUCCUCCAAAAGUAUUCACCUCACUGUGCGUGCAGAUGCACUCACACCUGCCUGCUGCCAUUCCUGAGCAAGCUCUGCACUGGUGGUGCCCCGAUCCCGCAGCUGAAUCAACUUUAGGAGACAGUCCUGGCGCUUGCUGGACUUUCUUGGGCGCCCUGACGCCUUCUUCACAACAAUUGAACCUCUCUCCUUUAAAUUCUUGAUGAUCCGAUAAAUGGUUGAUUUAGGUGCAAUCUUACUAGCAGCAAUAUCCUUGCCUGUGAAGCCCUUUUUGUGCAAAGCAAUGAUGACAGCACGUGUUUCCUUGCAGGUAACCAUGGUUGACAGAGGAAGAACAAUGAUUUCAAGCACCACCCUCCUUUCAAAGCUUCCAGUCUGUUAUUCUGACUCAAUCAGCAUGACCGAGUGAUCUCCAGCCUUGUCCUCGUCAACACUCUCACCUGUGUUAACGAGACAAUCACUGACAUGAUGGCAGCUGGUCCUUUUGUGGCAGAGCUGAAAUGCAGUGGAAAUGUUUUUUUGGGGGGAUUAAGUUCAUUUUCAUGGCAAGAGGGACUUUGCAAUUAAUUGCAAUUCAUCUGAUCACUCUUCAUGGACAUUCUGGAGUAUAUGCAAAUUUCCAUAAUCAACACUGAGGCAGCAAACUUUGUGGAAACCAAUACUUGUGUCAUUCUCAAAACUUUUGACCACGACUGUAGUGUGUGUCUGUGGGGAAUUGGCCAUUCCCACCAAUACCUGUUUUACUUUUCUAUCUCUGUGUUCCGUAUGUUCACUUGUGUGCGUUGUGUGUACGCGACACCUGUAGUCUCCUCCGAACUUCCUGCGUGCCUCUGCGCUGGCGGAGUACGUGCGGCCGGUGGUGGUGAUGCCCAAUGAGGAGUCUUAUGAAGAAGAAGAGGCGGAGCCACAGCCAGACCAUAGCCAAGCACCCAAGAUGCCACAGGUACGACUGCACACUCUCCUGUUACUCUCCCAUUACUUUAUUUUACACUAUGCUAUUGAACCUAGGAUUGUUAUUUACAUGAUAAUUAUCAAUUGCCUCAUAACUGUCUGCAUCCAUUUGUUUGACAGCAACCGUACUACAUGUUCAGUCAGCUGGGAGCUCCUGAUGCUGGAUUUGAUCAAAGGUAAAUGAAAGAUCUUCUCUUUUCACUGAGCUAACAAAACACUUGUCUAACAAAAGUUUGAAGGAGAAAUGAUUAUGUGAAAUAAUACCAGUUUCUGGAUUGCCUCUGAUAUCCCUCAGAAGAUCUCCAUCUCCAGGUCUGACGGAGGCAGAGACUCUGAGGAAGGAGCUGGAGGUCAUCAAACCAGAGCUGCAGCUCCUCAAAACAGAGGUGUGUGUGUGUGUUUGCUUGCAUGCGUGUCUGUCUGUCUGUCUGUUUCUCUGUCUGUCUAUCUGUCUGUCUGUGAGCAGGUGUAUGUGUAACUAAGAAUGUAUGUGUGUGUUUGACCCCUCCCCCUCCUCCCCUCUCUCUCCCUAGGCCCAGAGGUGUGUGACCCAGCUGAAGUCUCAGGUGAACAGGCUGGAAGCAGAGCUGGAGGACCAGAGGACCCAUAAGCAGAUGGCUCUGGUGGACAAUGAACACCUGCGCAUGGAGGUAGGGGCCUUACGACAGGCCACCGCAGCCAUACCAGGGGUACAGGCUGGAUACCAGGAGGCUGAUGGUGAGUAUACACACAGACGCAGACGCAAACGGACGGACACACACACACACACACACCUGUUAACCCCGUCCUCCCCCUACAGGUCGAGCCCUGGCAGCUGAGCUGCGUUUCUCUCAGCUCAAAGACAGACACGCUGAACUGGUCACCAGCCAUGCUGAGCUACUGAAGAAGGUACGGACACUGCACACUGGGGAUUUCUAUGUCUUUAAAUAUUCUUCUUGUGAGCUGACACAAUAUUGUGUGUUCAGAAUGCAGAGACAGUCAGGUUCUUGUCCAGCACCCAGCAGAACCAGGAGGAACUGGCCACGGCCAAACAGCAGCUGGCCAGCGAGGUGGACCACCUUCGACAGGAGAAUAGACUCAAGGUACUAUAACUGUUAACCCCUGACCUCUAACCCUGAUCUCUAACCCCUAGAGUAUGUAGCAAAUAUGGAGCAGGUUCAGGGUUUAUUUCUCCAGGAUGAUCCUUACUCUUGUAAUGUUAAAGGAUUAUUUAUACUUUUCCCAUGUGUUUCCUGACUUCUCUCUGUGUGUUUUCUCUGUCCUGUCUUGUAGCUGGAGCAGCAGAAGCAGGAGAUAGAUCGGCUGAACAGAGAGCUGUUGGACCAGAGAGCAGCGUUAGGUGAAGUCCACAGUGCCCUGGACAACAAAGAGCUGGUAGGCAACAACGACAUGGUAGGCUUUUGAAGGUAGAAGCAUGAAACUGUGUUUUUCCGUCUCUCAAUCUAGACUCUACCCUUUAUUAUUUUGUGUGUCCUUCUUGAACCAAUCAGAACCCUUCUGCUUCCACAGGCUGGUUCCCAAAUGACUAGUGCUCUGCAGGGCCUCCAGCGAGAGAGGGAGGAACUGCUGCGCUGUUUGAGGGAGAAAGAGGGUGAAGUGUCCUCCCUACAACAGCAGGCUCAGCUCCAUCACAGCUCCAUAGAGCAGGACAGGGACAGAUCAGCCAGAGAGAUAGCCAGCCUGAAGCAACAGCUACAUCAACAGGUACGGGCUGUCGACACACUAGACUUGAACUUGAAGUCGAACUUGUGCUGCAUAGUAAGACAUUGGAGGAAAUUCUGAUUAAUUGACGUGUGUGUGUGUGUGUGUGUGAGAUUACAGCUGGCUAUAAACGCGGAGCAGAGAGUGGAGAUUGACAGACUGAAGCGAGAGCUGGAGCAGAGUCGAGCGGAGGUGUCACGCGCUAACAAUGCCCUGCAGAACAAGGAGACGGUAGGAACCUUUCUGCUGGUCCCUGGCAAAUGGAGGACCAAUACUUGUCAGUCCUUGGUACAAAUAAGGUUGAGAGACAUGUUUAUGUAUCUGUCUCCCCUUCAGACUGGUUCUCAGAUGAACAGUGCCCUGAUGGGUCUCCAGACAGAGAGAGAGGGGUUGCUGCGCUCUGUGAGGGAGAAAGAUGCUGAGCUGUCCUCUUUAAAGCAGCAGGCUCAGCUCCAACACAGCUCUCUGGAGCAGGUCAACGACAGGACAGCCAGAGAGAUGGCCAGUCUGAGGCAACAACUACAGCAACAGGUAUGGGCUGUGUGUGUGAGGCGGUUGUGCAUGCAUACGAGCGUGUGUGUAUAGGUGUGUUUUAACCUGUAAUCUUUCUGGUGUGUGUGUUACUCCAGGCGUCUCGUGAGGGUGAGCUGACCAGGAAGCUGCAGGAGGAACAGUUCUGUCUGCUCCAGUGUGCCGUGGUGGAGGCUGAAGGCAUCAUACUGGACGCUGUGUCCAAACUGGACGACCCCAUACACGUACGCUGCACCUGCUCUCCAGAGUACCUGGUGAACCGAGCUGAGAUCACCCUGGGUUCUUUAGACAAGAUGCAACAGAGUCACAUGGUCUACCUGGGAAAUAUGGACGGUGUGUAUCCACCUUGUGUGCGCGUAUGGCAUGCGUGCGUGUUUGUGUUUGUGUGUGCGUGUGUGUAUAUAAUCUCCUGUCUCUGUCCUGUCUGUAUCAGAUGCCAGUGGUCUUCUGAGGGCUGUGACACAGUUCUCCCAUCUGGCUUCGGACACCAUCGUCAACGGAGGAGCUACAGCACACACUGCUCCUACUGACCAGGCCGACCGUAAGACACACACUGCUCCUACUGACCAGGCCGACCGUAAGACACUCACUGCUCCUACUGACCAGGCCGACCGUAAGACACACACUGCUCCUACUGACCAGGCCGACCGUAAGACACACACUGCUCCUACUGACCAGGCCGACCGUAAGACACACACUGCUCCUACUGACCAGGCCGACCGUAAGACACACACUGCUCCUACUGACCAGGCCGACCGUAAGACACACACUGCUCCUACUGACCAGGCCGACCGUAAGACACACACUGCUCCUACUGACCAGGCCGGCCGUAAGACACACACUGCUCCUACUGACCAGGCCGGCCGUAAGACACACACUGCACGCACGCAAGCAUGCUCACAGACACACAUACUCAUCCCUUAAUCUCUCCCUCUAGGUCUGACUGACAGUUGUAGAGAAGCUUCCACCCACUGUCUGCAGUUCCUAAACGAGCUGAAGUCCAGCGCCACGCUACUUCGAGCCGACCCUACUAGUAUACGCUACGUAAUGCAACGUAUACUCACUAUGGGACAGGUACGGGGUCAUCACACACAGAGAACUACAACUAGGGGAAUAAACAUUCCUAUUGAAAGCAACAUUCUGUUGGUCAGUGCACUGGCAGCCAUUUUGUGUCAAUGCAGGAUAGGACAGGAUGUAAUGUAAGUGUAUUUCCUGUGUAGGAUCUGCGUCUUAAAGGGCAGGAUGUUCUAAAAGAGGAGCUGGGAGACAUGGUGGAGAAAGAGAUGACUGCUACCUCUACUGCAAUAGAGGAGGCUGUACUCCGCAUGGACGUAAGAACAUAAAUGGAUGCAUACACACACACACACACAGAGCAUAUCAUUGUUGAGGACAUUCCUUAUGUAUUUUCUACCCAUGCUAUGAACAGGAGAUCCUGAACCAGGCCAGGAGAGACACGUCUGGGGUCAAACUGGAGGUCAACCAGAGGUCAGUGAAAUACAGUAGAACACAGAACACAAUAGUACAAAGUAGAACCCAGAAGUACACAGUAGAACACAGAACACAAUAGUACACAGUAGAACCCAGAACACAAUAGUACACAGUAGAACACAGUAGUACACAAUAGUACACAGUAGAUCACAUAACACAGUAGAACACAGUAGAACACAGUCGAUUAACUCACCAAUAACUCUGGAGUUACUAACUAACGUUAUGUGCUGGAGGAGCUAUCACUGUAGUUUACAGUGUCAAUAUGCUUUUUCUUGGUCUCCCUCUCAAUUUCUCUCCUCUCUCCCUCUCAGCAUCCUUGGCUCCUGUUCAGACCUAAUGAAGGCCAUCCACAUGCUGGUGACAGCUGCCACUGACCUACAGAAAGACAUUGCGGAAAGCAGCAGAGUGAGUUCUAAAUAUUACAUUUGUGUUUAGAAUAGGCUGUACUUCCAUACUUAUCAACAAAGUCAAAUAGUGGACCUCCAAAAGGUUGAGCACAUCUGUAUUAGGCACUGGGCUGCAAUGACAUGUUUUCUCCACAGGGGGCAGCAUCAGUGAAGGAGUUCUAUGCUAAGAACUCUUGUUGGACUGAAGGACUCAUCUCUGCCUCCAAGUCAGUGGGCUGGGGUGCCACUCAGAUGCUGUAAGUACUGACUGGAUAUACACAUUACACACGUGUAUUAUAUACAGCAAAUUGUUGUUACAGCAGUGAUACUAGUCAUGUUGUCAUAGGGCUGAAUCCUAAAUUGAGAUAUUUGUGUGUAAAACCCACAUUUUGCCCACACAAAUGGAAAAAUAACAUGCAUAUCUGAGCACAGUCUUGCAGGGGGAUAAAGUCAAAAGCAAUAUCUUGUUUCCUCUCUCUCCCGGCUGGCAGAGACUCGGCUGAUAAGGUGGUAACUAGCGGGGGUAAAUACGAGGAGCUCAUCGUCUGUUCACAUGAGAUCGCUGCUAGUACUGCCCAGCUGGUCGCUGCCUCCAAGGUAAAACACAUACACACACACUUAACACACACACAGCUGAUUCCGUCUUCAUGUUCUCUAACUUGACAUUUGACCCCUCGUCUCCCCUGUGUUGCCAUGGCUACAGGUGAAGGCGGACCGCAACAACAAGAAGCUGUCGACGCUGCAGCAGGCCUCGAGACACGUCAACGACAUGGCUGCCAUAGUGGUGACCUCCACCAAUCACGGACAGAGGCAGAUCACUGAGAGAGGUGAGAGACAGGAGGAGGAGAAGGGAGGAAGAGGGAAGGACAGUGAGAGAAAGUGGGAGGCGGAGAGAGAGAGAAAGAUGAAGCCCUUUUGAAUUGAAUUGAAAGAGAGAGGUGACAUGGCUACCAUAGUGGUAAACACAACCAAACAUGGACAAUAGUCAGCAGAUCACUGAGAGAAGUGAAAAGAGGGAAGGGAGGAAGGUUGUCUCAAAAACCUGACCCUAGGCAACCGUGACUAGGGUCGGGUUUCAAUGUCGGACUCUUUUGGCAUAGAGGAACUACGUCACUGUCUACGUCAAUACCUUAUCCACUUGAAUAAAAUACAAAAUAGUAGCUAGCAAGAUGGAGAUCACAGCGGUUAUUUUUAAUGAGGGCAUUUUGCAAAUGUCUAGUUUGUAUCAACUACCUUCCCUAAAGCCACUGCAAAGGUUUUCCCUGCAAACUUCUGUUGUCUGUCUGAAGAGGACCCACCCCGGAACAAUUAUUUUCUCUAAUCGAAGUUGCCAAAAGAGUCUGUCAUUGAAAGCAGACCCUAGUCAAUGUUGCCUAGGAUCGUUUUUUGAGACUAUAUUAAUAAUAAAAAAAUAAUAAAAUAUCACAGUACUAGUAUUAGCGGACCAAUAUAGACGUCUGUAGCUCUGGCCAAAAAAAUUUUCAGCAUCUCCGCUUUGACAAGAAAGGUAGUUGUAUAAUUAAGAACAGUAUCUUGCAGGAUUCAAUAGUUAGAAUUGUAAGAGUUGUUGCCCUGAUCCUUUCUCUGCAAUUGUCAUUUUAAUGGAAUCCAGAAAGAACAAAACCCUGUCCUCAAACAUUUCCAUCCAAAGGUGCAAAGACACAAAACAUCCACAUCAAAUUAAAUAUUUUUCUUGAUCAAAUAACACGGAAAACAACCACUUUUUGUGCAGUAUUAAUUUACCAUCCUUACAAACCACUUAAUGGAAAUGUACAUUACUGUAUUGUACAUAGGCUGGUCAUCUAGGUUUGUACCAUCACCAUUAAGAAAAACAAUGCACAAUACAGUAAUUGAGUACAUUGAGACAUCAAGUGGUUUGUGAUGAUGAUAUGGUUCAGUUGGUAGAGCAUGGUGUUUGCAAUGCUAGGGUUGUGGGUUUGAUUCCCACGGAGGACCAGUACGAAAAAGUAUGAAAAUGUAUGCACUCACUACUGUAAGUUGCUCUGGAUAAGAGCGUCUACUAGUCCUGUAUUAGCGGACCGAUAUAGACGUCUUUAGUGCAGGCAUUUCUUUCUCUGCAGCACCUACACCCCCGAACUACUUCCCACAGCUAUGGGAAGGAGGAUUGUAUAAAAUAAAUGUUGUAUAAAGGUGUGGGUUUAUUCCCCUUGUCCUCGCUUCUCUCCAGACCCCAUGGACUUCUCAGGCAUCUCCCUGAUCAAAGUGAAGACUCAAGAGAUUGAGUCUCAGGUAUGUCAUUGCAGCGGCUCUGACUGCUCUGCCUACAGCCACUUAUAGCUGUUUGUGUAUUUUGUGUGUGUGUGUGUGUGUGUGGGGCCAGGGACAUAUUAUUCCAUGUGACCAACUGGUUGUGUGUGUGAACGUCCUCUUCUCUAUUCCCGGUGCUGUAGGUGAAGGUGUUGGAGCUGGAGAAUCAGCUGGAACAGGAGAGAGUUCGUCUGGGAGAGCUGAGGAAGAAACACUACCAGCUGUCUGGGACUGGUACACCCCACGAGGGGGAGGUAGAGGGGGGAGACUGGGACGACAGCUUCCCACCCCCUCCCCCACCCACCCUCUUACCACCCUCCACCCUGCUGCCCCAGUCCUACUCCCAGACACAGCCCUACCUAAACACACAGCCCUUCUCACAGACACAAACCAACUCACAACCUUCAGCUCAGUCCUACUCACCACCCAAGUCCUACUCACAAACUCAACCCUAUUCACAAACAAAACCUUACUCUGAACCUGAAUCCUACUCACAGCCUACAACUCACUCCUACUCACCACCCCAAUCCUACUCAUCGUCCCAAACCCAAUCUUACUUACCCAAUCUUAUUCUCAAACCCAAUCCUACUCACAGCCCCAAACAUACUCUCAAAGCCAUCCGUACAUAAACACCAAUCCCUUCUCCCAACCCCCGCCCCUGUCCCAGCCUCUCUCCCUGCCUCUGUCCCAGCCCCUGUCCCAGCCUCUCUCCCUGCCUCUGUCCCAGCCCCUGUCCCAGCCUCUCUCCCUGCCUCUGUCCCAGCCCCUGUCCCAGCCUCUGUCCCUCCCUGCCUCUGUCCCAGCCCAAGUGCUUUCCCCUUCCGAAUAACUCAGUAGAACUUACCAAGCCAACCCCCACUUCAAAGAAACCUUCCAUCUUCCAGAAAACAGGAAACCUGUUUAGUAAGGUACAAAUCAUUAUUACCUGCUGUCGUAUUAAUCAGCCUCGUCACAGGCAUUAAGGUUAUAGGUAUACGAACAGGGCAAGGGCCUAAGGAUAGAAGAGAGUGGUUGUAUUGGAGCCAGGUCAACUUCCCAUAAGGCUUGAAUUGUGAUGUCAUUGGUGAUCCGUUUUUUUCUCUGUUGCAGUUCCGAAGA